AUGCCUAGUCUCUAUCCCCGUCACGAUUCACACGACUCAAUGGCCGCCGACUUUACCCUUCACUCCGACACCUCGUCGUCCUCCUCCUCAUCCCACGCUGGUAUGGACAUGUCCUCUAGCGACAGCACCAUGAGCAUGAGCAUGGCCAGUAUGACCUUCCACACCUCCAUCUCGGACGCCCUCUACUCUACCGCCUGGACUCCCAAGACGCAAGGCCAAUACGCUGGCACCAUAAUUUUCCUCAUCUUUCUCGCCUUCUUUUACCGCUUUCUGGUCGCCUACCGUAGCGUGUUAGAGCACCGGUGGGGAAAGUUGGAUUCAGAGAGGAAGGUGCUGGUUGCUGUAUCGUCGUCACAAUCUCAGGAUAGUGGCAUAGGAAACCCUAAAGAGAAUGUGGUAGUGGCGGAGAAGAAUGAGAAGGGUUUGUGGGCGGCGAAACCAUGGAGGUGGAGUGUCGACCUGCCGCGCUCGGGAUUGGCGGUGCUGGUCUCUGGAGUUGGAUACUUACUAAUGUUGGCGGUAAUGACCUUCAAUGUAGGAUAUUUUAUGGCUGUUCUCGGUGGGAUAUUCGCGGGUGAACUGGCAUGGGGCCGCUGGAUCAAGAGUGGGGACCAUUAG